CAGCCAGUAGUUUCCAUCAACUGCAACAACCAAGUAGUGUUGGUUCCUGGUUACAUUAUAGUACUAAACUAUACCAGUUAAUCAGCAAUUGUUACAAUGGUUGCUGUCGAAAUUCCGACAUUGGUGCUUCCAAACUCCUCUUCCCAACAGAGGGUGCCAGUGGUCGGAAUGGGUUCUGCCCCAGAUUUCACCUGCAAGAAAGACACAAAGGAAGCAAUCAUUGAGGCCAUAAAACAAGGCUACAGACACUUUGACACUGCUGCUGCCUAUGGCUCUGAGCAAGCUCUCGGUGAAGCCUUGAAAGAAGCAGUUGAACUUGGCCUUGUCUCUCGCCAAGACCUCUUUGUCACGUCAAAGCUUUGGGUCACUGAGAAUCAUCCUCAUCUUGUUGUUUCAGCUUUGCGCAAAUCACUCAGAACUCUUCAACUGGAGUAUCUCGAUCUCUAUCUCAUUCACUGGCCUCUUAGUUCUCAACCUGGAAAGUUUUCUUUUCCCAUUGAAGUAGAAGAUCUCUUGCCUUUUGAUGUGAAGGGUGUGUGGGAAGCCAUGGAAGAAUGUCAAAAGCUUGGCCUCACUAAAGCUAUUGGAGUCAGCAACUUCUCUGUAAAGAAACUUCAGAAUCUGUUGUCUGUUGCUACCAUCCUUCCUGUGGUGAAUCAAGUGGAAAUGAACCUUGCAUGGCAACAAAAGGAACUGAGAGAGUUUUGCAGUGCAAAUGGUAUAAUCAUAACUGCAUUUUCACCUUUAAGGAAAGGUGCAAGCAGGGGUCCAAAUGAAGUGAUGGAAAAUGAUGUACUGAAAGAAAUUGCAGAUGCUCAUGGCAAAUCCAUAGCUCAAAUUUGCCUUAGAUGGUUGUAUGAACAAGGAGUCACUUUUGUUCCAAAAAGCUACGAUAAGGAGAGGAUGAACCAAAAUUUGAGGAUAUUUGAUUGGGCAUUGACAGAAGAAGAUCAUAAUAAAAUAAGUCAGAUUCAUCAGAGUCGUUUAAUCGCUGGACCCACCAAGCCACAACUCAAUGAUCUUUGGGAUUAAAUAUAAAUUACUGCUUGGUGUUUGGUGUUUGAAAUAUUUAAUGUAAUAUCUCAUACUUCAUUUUGAAAUUCAUGUAUGUUAGUAUGAAGAGCUUUGGAACAAGCUCAGUUCACUUGUGUUGAGGUUUAAAUAAAUUAUUCUACUUCUUGUUUGUGUUGCACAA